GCGAGUGAUACUGUAAUUGCAACCCCUCGAACUUUUCUACUAUAUUUCCCAUCCGCAAUUGAGGCAGAAACAGCAAUUCUCAACAAAAAAAAUCCAAAAAAUUAUGGCUACAACUGCAGCUGCUCCAGCGGAGAUUGCCCAUACUUCUUCUCUGGCAUCAAGGGUGCUUAAGGUAGUCUCGGGCUCAGACAGGAGCGCAGCGCUCACAGCGGUCUAUGAACAUCUUCAAGCGGCCAAGGACGAGAUCCUCGAAGCCAACAAGAGAGACCUCGAAGCCGCUGAAGAGCAGGCCAAAGCUGGGAAAUUGAGCUUGAGCCUUAUCAAGAGACUCGACCUAUGCAGGUCUGGAAAGUGGGAAGACAUGGUGCAAGGGAUUCUAGAUGUGAGGGAAUUGGAAGACCCUGUUGGCAAAAUAACCCUCGCUACAAAACUCGACCAAAACCUCGACCUAUAUAGACUAACCUCGCCUAUCGGCGUCCUCCUGGUAAUAUUCGAAGCACGGCCAGAGGUAAUAGCAAACAUCACAGCCCUAGCUCUCAAAAGCGGUAACGCCGUGAUCCUAAAAGGCGGCAAAGAAAGCACCCACUCCUUCGCUGCCAUCGCAGGUGUAAUCUCCACCGCUCUCUCCACAACCUCCAUCCCACCGGGGGCCGUCCAGUUAGUGCUUAGUCGCGAGGACGUAAACGCGCUGUUGGACCAGGACCAGUACAUCGACCUGGUCAUCCCACGAGGCGGGAACGAGCUAGUACGGUACAUCAAAGACCACACAAAAAUCCCGGUUAUGGGACACGCGGAUGGCCUCUGCACGAUAUACGUGCAUGCAGACGCGGACGAGACCAAAGCCGUGAAGGUUGUUCUCGACGCGAAGACAGAUUACCCAGCUGCGUGCAAUGCCGUUGAGACGCUGCUGGUACACCAAUCCAUCUGCUCCACCAUUCUCCCGAAAAUUGCCGCGAUGCUGUUGGCCGCAGGAGUGUCUCUUCGCUGCGACACCUCGUCCAGGGCAGUCCUCGAGGCCUCGUCGCUUCCGCCUUCUUCGAAGGCUAUCAUCCAGGAUGCGACGGCGGCGGACUACGAUACGGAGUUCUUAGAGUUGACGCUUGCUGUGAAGGUCGUGUUGUCAGUUGAGGAGGCGGUUGGGCACAUCAACGCUCAUGGGUCCGGGCAUACCGACACUAUCAUCUCGGAGGAUGAGGAAAUUGCGGAGAAGUUCAUGGCGGGGGUAGACUCUGCGGGUGUAUUCUGGAACGCGAGUACUCGCUUCGCCGACGGUUUCAGGUACGGAUUUGGCACUGAAGUUGGGAUCUCAACGAAUAAGAUACAUGCCCGGGGACCCGUGGGAUUGGAAGGGUUGAUGAUUUAUAAGUACCAGUUGAGAGGUAACGGGCAAGGUGCUGGAGAAUAUGGCAGUGGAAGGAAGCCUUUCUUGCACCAAAAGAUAGAAUACUAA